AUGCACGCCAGCCUAGAGAUCGCCAGGUUGGCACGCGCCAUAGAGAUCGACCAGGUUGCUAUAGAGAUCGACCAGGUUAGUGCCAACGCCCAGCUCAUAGAGAUCGACCAGGUUAGUGCCAACGCCCAGCUCAUAGAGAUCGACCAGGUUAGUGCCAACGCCCAGCUCAUAGAGAUCGACCAGGUUAGUGCCAACGCCCAGCUCAUAGAGAUCGACCAGAAAAAGCCCCUGUCCUCCAUCAUCAGGGAAGUGUGUGACGGCUGGUCGCUGUCGGGCUCGGAGCAGUUCGCCCUGCGCUACGCCGACGGGCCCCAGCUCUACAUCACCGAGCAGAGUCGUGGCGAAAUCAAGAAUGGGACCAUUCUGCGCCUGGCCAUUUCUCCAACCCGCGCCGCGCGGCAGCUGCUGGAGAGGAUUCAGUCUCACGGGAUUGACGCGCGGCUGGAGGCCCUGAAGGAGCUGGCCAAGCUGUCCGCGGACCCCACCUUCGCCACCGAGUUCAUCAACAUGGAGGGCAUCGCCACCCUGGCCAGGCUGGUGGAGAGCGGCACACACUUUGGGGAGAUGCUGGCGUUCACCCUGACCGCGUUCCUGGAGCUGAUGGACCACGGGAUCGUCUCCUGGGACCUCAUCUCCCUGUCCUUCAUCAAACAGAUUGCGGGCUACGUGAACCAGCCCAUGGUGGACGUGUCCAUCCUGCAGCGCUCCCUGGCCAUCCUGGAGAGCAUGGUGCUCAACAGCCACAGCCUCUACCACCGGGUGGCGCAAGAGAUCACCGUGGGACAACUCAUCGCACACCUGCAAGUGUCCAAUCAGGAGAUCCAGACGUACGCCAUCGCCCUCAUCAACGCCCUGUUCCUCAAAGCGCCCGAGGACCGGCGCCAGGAGGAGCAUACUAACCCGCUGGACCUGCGGCUCUCUGAGAUGGCAAGCACCCUGGCACAGAAACACCUGAGGUCCAUCAUCCUUAAUCACAUCAUCCGCGGCAACCGGCCAAUCAAAGCCGAGAUGGCGCACCAGUUGUACGUGCUCCAGGUGCUGACCUUUAACCUCCUGGAGGAGCGCAUGAUGACCAAGAUGGAUCCCAGUGAUCAGGCUCAGAGGGACAUCAUAUUCGAGCUGCGCAGAAUCGCCUUCGACGGCGAGAACGACCCCGGCGGCACGGAGAAGCGAAAGGCCAUGUACACCAAGGACUACAAGAUGCUGGGCUUCACAAACCACGUGAACCCGGCCAUGGACUUCACACAGACCCCGCCCGGCAUGCUGGCCCUCGACAACAUGCUGUACCUGGCCAAGCUGCACCAGGACACCUACACCCGGAUUGUUCUGGAGAACAGCAGCCGCGAGGACAAACACGAGUGCCCGUUCGGCCGCUGCGCUAUCGAGCUCACCCGCAUGCUGUGUGAGAUCCUGCAAGUGGGAGAGCUGCCAAACGAGGGCUGCAACGAUUACCACCCCAUGUUCUUCACUCACGACCGCGCCUGGGAGGAGUUCUUCUGCGUCUGCAUCCAGCUGCUCAACAAGACCUGGAAAGAGAUGAGAGCCACAGCUGAGGACUUCAACAAGGUGAUGCAGGUGGUGAGGGAGCAGAUCACUCGGGCUCUGGCCAUGAAGCCGUCCUCUCUGGACCAGCUGAAGAGCAAACUGCGGGGACUCAGCUACUCUGAGAUCCUCAGACUGCGGCAGUCCGAGAGGAUGAGCCAGGACGACUUCCAGUCCCCACCCAUCAUCGAGCUGCGUGAGAGGAUUCAGCCUGAGAUCCUGGAGCUGAUAAAGCAGCAGCGUCUGAACCGCCUGUGUGACGGCAGCUGCUUCCGCAAGGGCGGCAACCGCAGGAGACAAGAUAAGUUCUGGUUCUGCCGCCUGUCUCUGAACCACAAGGUCCUGCACUACGGAGACCUGGAGGAGCCCCCCCAGGGGGAGGUGCCCUUCGAGCUGCUCACCGACAAGAUCCCAGUGUCUGAUAUCAAGUCGGUGGUGACUGGGAAGGACUGCCCUCACAUGAAGGAGAAAAGUGCCCUCAAACAGAACAAGGUAAAGACCGUCCUGUGCCCUCUACCGGAGAAAGGCCAUCGUGUGUCCUUGCACGUGCUACACCUGCAGAGACGCACGCUAGAGCAAGUUAACUUUCUAAACCGCACAAUUUAUGGCCAAAAAUAACUUGGGUAAAGCGUU